AGGUCGUUUCAAUGUAACGUUAAUGUGAUAUCACAUUAACACACGUCACACUGAAGUUAUUUUGGGGCGUGGACAAAGCAAAUAUAUUUAUGUUGUUUCAUACGAAGCAGUGCAUUGCCUGUGUUCUGUUGCAGAGAUCAAGUACUCCAAGUAAAUCUUUCCAAAUAAACAAAAUUCAAACACGAUGGCAGAUAGACCAAGAGGAUAUGGUAUGACCGCAGACUUGCAGAGAAAGAAAAUGGCGAAAUACGAUCCUGAACGCGAGAGAGAAGCAAUCGCAUUUAUAUCAGAAACGACAGGAAAACCUUUUGAAGGCGGUUUCCAUGAAACACUCAAGGAUGGAACCCUUUUAUGCGAAUUGGCAAAUGCAAUAAAACCAGGAUCUGUCAAAAAGAUUAACGAAUCCAAAAUGGCUUUCAAAAUGAUGGAAAACAUUGGAAACUUUCUAAAGUUUGCAGGCGAAGUAGGAGUAAACAAAGCUGAUUUAUUUCAGACAGUCGACUUAUACGAAGCACAAAACAUACCAGGGGUCAUUGAUGGUAUUUUAUCAGUAAAACGAAAGUUGAGUGGAGGCGAAUCUACACCAAAUGUUCGCAAUUUCAGUGAAGAACAGUUAAAAGCCGGUAAAAACAUUAUUGGUUUACAAAUGGGUUCAAACAAAGGAGCAUCUCAAAAAGGAAUGACAGCACCGGGCGCAACUCGACAAAUUCGUCACGAGGAUAAUAUGGAUCGCAGUCAAGAAAAUAUAUAAAUAAAAUACUGUUAUGUUAGUUACUGCAUGCGUUAUAUUUAAAAAGAUUUGAUGAGUGUUCUAAAGACGUUUCUCACUAGCAACUGAAAAAUGUCGAGAUGUACUAAUUGUAUUUUUAAUUCAACUUAAGUAUUUUUAAAUAUAUACUUUUUUUUCGUUAUUA